GUUACCACCUUUUCCACAAAAUUCUUCAACACAAAAACACACAUAUAUUAAAACACACACAAUGUCGCCGGUGAUCGGAAAAGGCAACAAAAUCCGGCACAUAGUGAGGCUCCGGCAAAUGCUCCGAAAGUGGCGCAAGAACGCAGCCUUAUCAUCAAACAGCCGUAUCAUACCGUCCGAUGUACCUGUCGGACACGUGGCAGUCACGGUGGGGAGCGGGUGCAGGAGAUUUGUGGUGCGCGCGACGUACCUGAAUCACCCCGUGUUCAAGAAACUACUAGCUCAGGCAGCUGAAGAGUAUGGGUUUACAAAUAAUGGGCCGUUAGCUAUACCAUGUGAUGAGUCGGCGUUUGAGGAGAUCCUCAAACUCGUUUCUAAGUCCGAGUCAGGGAACUCAGUUAAACUCGUUGAUGUCAAAAAAAGUUGCCACGUGGAUUAUAAGACUGCUUGUGAUGCGAGGCCUGAGAUUCUUCCCUUGUUGCAUGGGUUGUGUGAUGAAUUGGUGUGUUAGAAGAAGUACCGAGUUGAUGUUGAGUCAACUCGGUCGAGUAACCUAGAUUGGUAGAACCUAACUAUAGGUUAUAUGUUCUUUAGUCAGAAAUUAUGGCUUCUUUCGGAAAAGGGUGUUGUUUCGAGAGAUGGCCAAGAAUGGGUUUGUCACUCAACUGGACCGUCUCGAGUUGUAGUCGAAAGAACCGGCUGAGAAUGGGUUGUCACUCAAAUGGGUCGUCCCGAGUUGGAGUUGAAAGAACCGAUUUCAAUACCUAUAUUAAAUUAGAUCACGAUUUUAUUGUAAAUUAUUCUAAUUUUAGAAAUGUUAUAUGCCCACGUGAUAAAAUAUAAUAUAAGAUGAGUUUUUAUUAAUCA